ACGAGGGUUUCAAGAGACACGUUAGAGCGUGCGUGAGAGAGAGGUGAGAGAGACCCAAUGCAAAACCAAGAAGAGCCAUAUUUGGGGAUUUUGAGGAGAUAAGCUUCGGCAAAGCCGAUGCCGAGGUGAGCCUUGAACCCCUACAACGACCUCCGCCCGAUGUUGAGGCAGUGUUUCGCCACCCGAAGCCGCCUCUUCCUCCGCCACCGCAGCUAUUAUCAUAUGUUUAAACUCCUCCUCCUCCCCCUCCUCCUCCUCCUCCCAAUACUUUUCUCCACCUUUGCUUGGGCUUCAAACAACAGUGAAGCCCUCACGCUGUAUUCAUGGCUUCGCUCCUCCCGCGCGCCGCCUCCCGCCGCCCUGGCGAGCUGGAACAACCCGUCGGAUGCCGACCCGUGCGGUUGGUCCUACGUCACCUGCUCGCCGCAGAACUUCGUGACCGAGAUCAACAUCGAGUCCGUCGACCUCGCGCUCCCCUUCCCUUCGAACCUUUCCUCGCUCCCUUUCCUCCGGAAGCUCGUCAUAUCCGGCGCUAACCUCACUGGCUCGAUACCGCCGGAUAUCGGGGACUGCGCCGAACUGGCCACUCUCGACGUCAGCUCGAAUAGCCUCGUGGGAAGCAUGCCCCCGAGCAUCGGAAGGCUCCGGAAUCUUCAGGAUUUGAUCUUGAACUCUAACCAGCUCGCCGGGGAGAUUCCUGCAGAGAUUGGCAACUGCACUAGUCUCAUGAAUCUUGUAGUUUUCGAUAACUAUUUGAGCGGAGAUAUUCCAGUUGAAGUCGGAAAGUUGUCGAAGUUGGAAGUUUUGCGGGCCGGAGGAAACAAGGACAUUGCAGGGAACAUCCCAGACGAGAUGGGCGAGUGCCUCAACCUGAAGGUGCUGGGUUUAGCGGACACUAAGGUUUCAGGAUCGAUCCCGGCUUCGGUGGGCAAACUGAGCCAGCUUGAGACGCUGUCAGUGUACACUACUAUGCUGUCCGGCGAGAUUCCCCCAGAAAUAGGCAACUGCUCAGAGCUCGUCGAGUUGUUCCUCUAUGAGAAUGACCUGUCGGGUUCGCUACCAGCUACGUUAGGCAAGCUUAGGAAGUUGGAGAAGCUGUUGCUCUGGCAAAACAGCUUCCAUGGGACGAUCCCGGAGCAGAUUGGCGGGUGUGAAAGCUUGGUGAUAAUGGACAUCUCGUUGAACUCAUUUUCUGGAAGCAUACCCUGGUCUUUGGGGAAACUCUCUUAUCUUGAAGAGCUCAUGCUGAGUAAUAACAACAUAACGGGUUCGAUCCCAGUUUCGCUGUCAAAUGCUACUAAUCUUGUGCAGCUUCAGCUGGACACGAACCAAAUAUCGGGUCCAAUACCGAGAGAAAUUGGGAAGUUGACGAAGCUGACAGUUUUCUUCGCCUGGCAGAACAGCCUCGAGGAAAGCAUCCCUUCAACAUUGGCCGAUUGCAAGAGCCUCGAAGUUCUUGAUUUGUCCCAUAAUGCACUCACCGGUAGCCUACCUCCAGAGCUAUUUCAGCUUCAGAAUCUGACCAAGAUUCUCCUGAUUUCAAAUGACAUUUCAGGCUCCCUCCCUCCAGAGAUUGGUAAUUGCGGCUCUCUCAUUAGGUUUCGCCUGGCGAGCAAUAAGGUUGGCGGACAAAUCCCAAAAGAAGUUGGGUUCCUAAAUAACCUCAGCUUUCUCGACUUGUCCGAUAACCAUUUCACGGGGUCGAUACCUGAAGAAAUCGGAAACUGUACUGCUCUGCAGAUGCUUAACCUUAGCAACAACAGCCUUGGCGGCGCUUUGCCGAACUCUCUGUCUUCCCUGACAAAGCUCCAGGUGCUUGAUGUCUCCCUGAAUAGACUCACGGCUCAGAUUCCACCAAGCUUCGGUCAGCUUUCUUCGCUCAGUAGUCUCGUUCUUCAGCAAAACUCGCUCUCUGGGCCGAUCCCCUCCUGGCUGAAAGGGUGUUCGAAUCUCCAAUUGCUCGACCUCAGUGGCAAUGGCUUCUCGGGAAUGAUACCUGUCGAGCUGUUCCAGAUCAAAUCUCUUGAGAUCGCUUUGAACUUGAGCUGGAAUUCGCUGUCAGGAAUGAUACCGCCCGAAAUAUCUGGUCUGAACAAGCUCUCCGUUCUUGACCUCUCGCACAAUUGGCUCGGGGGCAACUUGUUGGUACUUUCUGGGCUGGAAAACCUUGUGUCGCUGAACAUCUCAUACAACAACUUCACUGGUUAUCUCCCGGACACGAAGCUCUUCCGACAAUUAUCAUCAACUGAUUUGGCUGGAAACACGGGAUUGUGUCCUAGAGGUAGAGAAGCAUGUUUUCUAGGUGAUGCAACAGCGCUGUCCUUGCAUAAUAGGCGGACUUCCAAGCAGUCGGUGAUGAUCAAACUGGCCAUCGCAUUGCUCAGCACCUUAAUUGUCGCAUUAGCAGUGUUUGGGGUGUUUGCAGUGAUAAGAGUGCAAAAGAUCGGUCGGAGUGACAAUGACUCUGAGAUGGGAGGGGAUAAAUUGCCCUGGCAAUUCACUCCAUUCCAGAAACUGAACUUUUCGGUUGAGCAAGUCCUCAAGUGCCUGGUUGAAGAAAACGUCGUCGGAAAGGGAUGUUCGGGGAUAGUCUAUCGCGCGCAGUUGGAAAAUGGGGAAGUGGUCGCAGUGAAGAAGCUCUGGCCGAUGACUCUCGCGGCAGGAUACAAUUGUUGUCCAGACAAAGUAGGCACCGAAGUGGGUGUUCGGGACUCGUUUUCUGCAGAAGUCCGGACUCUCGGCAUGAUCCGGCACAAGAACAUCGUAAGGUUCUUAGGUUGCUGUUGGAAUCGGAGCACGAGGCUUCUUCUGUAUGAUUACAUGCCGAACGGGAACUUGGGCAGCCUCCUACACGAACGGAGUGGCAAUUGCUUGGAGUGGGACGUCAGGUACCGAAUCGUCCUAGAGGCGGCUCAGGGCCUGGCCUAUCUGCACCACGAUUGCGUCCCGCCAAUUGUGCACAGAGACAUUAAGGCAAACAACAUUCUGAUCGGUCCCGAAUUUGAACCUUACAUCGCUGAUUUUGGGCUUGCCAAGCUGGUAGGUGACGGGAAUUUUGCUCGGUCUUCUACCACUGUCGCCGGCUCCUUCGGUUAUAUCGCCCCAGAGUACGGGUACAUGAUGAAGAUAACAGAGAAGAGCGAUGUGUACAGCUUCGGGAUCGUAAUGCUGGAAGUGCUGACGGGGAAGCAGCCGAUCGACCCGACAAUACCCGAGGGCCUCCACAUCGUGGACUGGGUGAGGCAGAGGAGAGGGGGAGCCGUGGUGCUCGAUGCGAGCCUGAGGGCCCGGCCCCAGCCCGAGAUUGACGAGAUGCUGCAGACGCUGGGGGUGGCGAUGCUGUGCGUCAACGCGAGCCCGACCGACCGGCCGACAAUGAAGGACGUGGCAGCUUUGAUAGGGGAGAUAAGGCAGGGGAGAGAGGAGAGCAUGAAGGUGGACAACAUGCUCAGGAAUCAUCACGGGACUUCAACUGUGAAGGGACGUGAUGAUGAAGACAACGGCGAUGGUUCAAGGAAGAGACCGGUGACAAUGAGGCAACAAGAAGCGUACGCCAGGAGCAGCAACACCGCUAGCUUCUCUGCUUCAUCGCUCCUGUACUCCUCAUCAUCUCAUGGGCACACAUUAUUUAAGUAGUCGAAAGUGAAAAACAGUUCUCAGUUUCAUCAAAACAGAGAGGGAGGGAGAGAGAGAGAGAGAGAGAGCAGAAUUUGUUCCUGUAGAAUUGGAGAGUUUCUUUCAAGAUAUGGUUUUUUUUGCAUGAUCAUGAUCGAUUGUUACGGAGCAUUGUUGUGCAGAAUAUAGGAAUAA